AUGUGCGCUAGAGCAGGCCAAUCACAGUGGUUCGAGCAUGCCAAGGCUGGGCACCGGCUACAGGUGGCGAGCUUAGAUGAUGGACACGAGGCAGCCCAGCUGGACGCUGAAGGGGCAGGCAACCCUGCUAAUUGCAGAGAAGGGGUGUUGUUGAGUGUUAGGUGCAAGCAGCGGAGCCCGCAAGUGGCGCCAUGCAUGGUGGGUGCUAGGCACAGAGCUUUGGAGCAGAGUACGCAGAAAGAAUGCUAG